CAGUAAUUAGAAGUAACUAUAGGUAUAUAUCAAUAUCGUAAUAUUUAAAUCCCAGUAUCAAUACUAUGAAAAAUUUUUGACCUACUAAUUAUAUAGUAUAGUGGUCUACGUCCAUUAUGGUCGUUAAAUCAUUAAAGUAUUAUUGUGCAAAUACUCAUGUAUCUACCGACAAUAGUAGUUUUGUACAUGGCACUCGAUAAUGUGGCAUUGAAUAAUUUACUUAACCAUUAUUUGAAGUGAUUGUGUUCUGAAUUUUCGAAGCUAAAUAUGCAGAUAACCGUUGAAUAUGUUAUAGAAGAAUAUUAAAUAAUAUAUUAUAUGAAUGUAAUUACAACAUUUUGUUAAAACUCCUAACGCUCGUAUACAUUUGGUUAGGUAUUAUAAGUUUCUCAGUCGCGCGAUCACUUUUCAGCCAAGAUGAUAAUAUAUCUAGUAUUCAAUAUUUAUUUAAGCGUUUGUCUAUGUGAGCUAAACGUGGUAUAUCAGUGGGACAAAAUAGAUUUGUCGAUUCAUGAAACGGAACAUUCAUAUAUUCCAGAAAACAAUCUUGUACACAGAAUGAAAAUUUGGAACAACACAUUGUACAUGGCCAUACCCAGAUUUAAGGAAGGAGUUGUGGCUACAUUGUGCAAAAGUAACAGAGGUACUAUACAACCAUUUCCGUCUUUAAGCCUUCAAACAGUAGGUAGUUGUAUUGGGAUUCAAAACACCAAGGAAAUUGAAAUUGAUCAUUUAGGUCACUUGUGGGUGUUGGACGUGGGUAAAGUUUACGAUCUAGAAGUACCCGAUUACACCUGCGAUCCGAAAUUGCUUAUACUGGACAUAAACACGGGCAAAAUGUUACGAUCAGCGGUGAUACCGAGAAGCAUGUACACUACUCAAAGUGUACUUAGUGGUAUUUCAAUCGACUUGAAAUCACUCACUGCUAUAAUAGCUGAUAUAGGUCCCAAUUCUGGGUUUAUUGUUUAUAAGUAUCAACAAGGAUUUUUUGAAAAAUUUCAAUGUAAAAUAUUGUCCAGCGUUAAAGACUAUAACGAAGCACUUUUAACUAUAUCUCCAAUUGAUAAUAUGUUAUACUUCACAACCGUAGAAAUGGACAGUUUAUUUACAAUUCCGUUGAGUGUAUUCGAUGCGCCUUUCAUCAACGACAUAAGUCAUUAUGCUAACAACCAAGGACUGAAAGCAGACACAUCGACUGCUAUGAUCAUGGAUACAACAGGGAACUUGUAUCUAGGUUUAAACAGGAAAGUAAUCGCCUGGAACACUUUGAAAAACAGUUUCGACAUCAAAGAAUUGUACAUACAAGAAGUGAGAUUCGAUUGGAUUUCCAGUUUUGCAUUUGAUUCAAACGGAUAUUUGUGGAUCACUACUUCGGCUUUCAAAGAUUUCCUAGAUGGAUCAAGUUCAAAAAGAAUGAAUAUUAAAAUAUUUAAAAGAUUUUGUGGUACAACAGCCUUCGCACUUCAGCAUUUACAAACGUAUGUAAACAAUACACUCCCAAUUAUUAACAACUCUGCCGAUUCCAAAACUACUACUGUUAUUUUACUUUUAACUCUUAUUAUAUUAUUAAAACAUUUCACGUAAAAAUGUAACACAUCAAUUAAAACAUUUUUUUUUUUUUUAAUUCAUGUUAGUUAUGUAUUGUUAUGAAGUAAAAACGAAAUAUUUUAACUAAAAAUCCAAUGUAAAACUAUUAUUCUAUAAUAUAAGGACAGUUAAUUGUUUUAACAAUAUCCACGUAUGUCAAUCUUAAUUCUUAAUACCUAAAGAAUUGCUACCUACUUUUUUUUUUAAUAAUAUAUGUGUAGAUGUAGAAUAUACUUUUAAAAGCAUAAAUAAGUUUAUCUAUAAAUCGACCUCCCCUCUACAUGGUGAAAAUGUCUGCGGGUGACCUUACUAAAAAGUAAGAAAAAAAUGUUGAUAUAUCUGUCACCAUUUUUUUUUUAACUAUACACGUUUAAUAAUUUGUAACACUUAUUUUAUUCGAAUUCCAAAUUAUUUAUUUAUUUUAUAUUUGUAUAUACUUUUAACAUUAACUUAAACUAAAGGACAAAGAACACAACCAUGAUGAUGUGACAAUUAUUAGGUUACCUAUCCCAUUAUCACCAAAAAAUAUUUUAUUUUUUAAAUUGAUUAAAUUAUUUACGAUAAUUCUUGGUUAAGUUAUUUCGUUAAAAAAAAUUAGUCACUAACAACUUACAGUUAAGUAUAAUUAGGUAUAUUGAGAAUUGUAUUGAUUUUUAGGGAUCAAAACACUCUCAAUUAGAUGGUUGAGAGAGAUGAAUCGUUGGAUCUAUGUUUUUUAAAGUUCUCUUUCAAAAUGAAUAUUUUAUUUAAAAUAGAACUAGUUGGUUCUAAUUUCGAUGUACAAUUUAAAAUGCAAGUAGGUACACUUUACUUGUAAAAACCUGGAAUGUUAAACUCUGGAAUUUAAUACCUGGAAAGUAGAAAUCUGGACAGUAAAACCCUGGAAGGUAAAAAAUUGGAAUUUAAAAUUUUGAAAUCCGUAAUAAUCUGGACCGGACAAAACUGGACGGUAAAAAUCUAGACCGGACAAUAUUGGACCAUAAUAAUCUGGUCCGGAAAAAUCUGGACAGUAAAUAUUAACUUUUAGGAGUACGAAUAGGUCAUACAUAUUGUUAUAAUUAUUUUGAGGGGUGUUUAAACACUCAAUACACCCACCUGUGUAUGUCCCUGUUUACUACACAUAUCGACGAUUUCAUAUAAUUUUUGGUAGAUAAAGGUAGGUGUUUUGCAAAGGAUAAGGUAAACAAAAACGCUUUACGCUCGUAAAACCGUACGAAAUUUAAUUUGGAAAUGUAAGUGUAAAUGUUCUGCAAAUGUUUAUGGGUACUCUAUCAGACACAAUAUACAUAAUGUUGUCCCACAGCCAGAAUUUGAUCUUCGGUUGCUUGAUUAUAGCUGGGAAGUAGGCAAUUUUUCAAAUUAAAUGUAUUCAAAUGUUUCCUACUCAAUAUAGUAUUAUGCACUAUUUAUUGAAUACGUUGAAGAGACGAUAUUGAUUAUUGAGUCUUUGUGAAUAACGUUUUUGAUUAAUAUUAUAAAAUAAUUAAUAUUAUAAUUCAUCAUUAAAAUAUGUGAUUUCGCCUAAUGUUGAACUUCUUUAGAUGUUUAUAAAAAAACAAUUGUGUUUGUAAUUUUGUAUAUUUUUUAGGUAUUUAAGUUAUGUGGUAAGAACUUCUUAUGAGGAACAUUGUAAUAACAUUUUAAAUCUUAGCUAUAAAAAUUAAACUAUAUAACAAAUUACUACAAAACAUUUGUAAUUUGUAAUUUUUAUGGUUUUGUAAAAAUUUGAGAAACAAAAUACACAAAAAUAUAUUCAUUUUAGUAUAAGAAAAUUUUAUAUGAAAU